AUGGCACAGUUCACUACGCAGGGUCGCCUGAAGCUGCUCUUCAAUGGGGAGGGCGUGUUUUCCAUUUUGGAGCACAAGGACCCUUUUCUCUAUAAGUGCAGAUCAGUUCAGACCCACAAGCGGAGAACAAGAUACAUAGGUUCUUCAGCUAGGAUUUACUAUGCUUCAACAUCAUCUCUGUAUAAUAAAAGCAACCGCUGUAAUGCGGGGCCCCGCUCCACUGCUGGCAAUGGGAGUGUUCAUGAUGAAUAUGAUGAUGAGGAGGAGGAGGAGGAUGAAGAUGAUGAUUGUGAUGAGGAGGAUGAUGAUGUGUUUGACCGAGAUGGUUUGUCUUGCUUCCGGGGUUUGGUGUUGGAUAUAGCUUACAGGCCAGUAAAUGUCGUAGGCUGGAAACGUGCUAUAUGUUUGGAGUUUAUGGAGAAGGCCGAUGUACUGGAGUAUUAUGCUAAGACAGUGAACUCUCCUAGUGGAUCUUUCUAUAUACCGGCUGUCUUAAGGGUUCCUCAUUUACUUCAGGUUGUUAAAAGAAGAAUAGUCAAGAGCAAUCUUAGUAGAAAAAAUAUACUAUUUCGGGACAAUUACACCUGUCAGUAUUGCUCUUCCCGUGAGAAUUUGACCAUUGAUCAUGUUGUGCCUGCUGCGCUAGGUGGAGAAUGGACAUGGGAAAAUUUAGUGACUGCUUGUGCUAAAUGCAACAGCAAAAAGGGUAAAAAAACUUUGGAGGAAGCAAAAAUGAAGUUGAUCAAAGUCCCAAAGGCCCCAAAGGACUAUGACAUUCUUGCCAUACCUCUAACUGCCGCAGCCCUAAGAAUGCUGUCAUUAAGAAAAGGAACACCUGAAGAAUGGCGUCAGUAUCUGAGGUCUCCUUGA